CCGCGUCGGAGCGGCGCUUGCGCUGGACGAGAUCGGCUUCCUGGUGGAGCCCGCCGUCAUGGAGAAGCACCUCAAGUUCCGCCUCAACCAUGAGGUGGCGAUGGACUCCGGGCGCGCGUUCUGCCCACGCGUGGGCUGCGACACGGUGGUGUCGGUCCGGGCGGCGAGCCCGGCCCACUGUCCCACCUGCCGGCACGACUUCUGCUCACAGUGCAACCAGGAGUGGCACGGCGGGCAGUCGUGCGAGGCGGCAGCUGCGUCAUCAUCAGCGGCCGGCGCCGGCGCACCUCUGCUUCCAGACUCGGAGCUCAUCAAGCUGUGCCCCAUGUGCCGUGUGCCCAUAGAGAAGGACGAGGGCUGUGCUCAAAUGAUGUGCAAGCGCUGCAAGCACGUCUUCUGCUGGUACUGCCUCGCAUCGCUCGACGAUGACUUCCUGCUGCGGCACUACGAUAAAGGGCCCUGCAAGAAUAAACUGGGACACUCACGCGCAUCAGUGCUGUGGCACCGCGCACAGGUGGUCGGCAUAUUCGCUGGCUUCGGACUCCUGCUGCUGGUGGCAAGUCCGCUUCUGCUGCUCGCUGCGCCGUGCAUCGUCUGCUGCAAAUGCAGACUCUGCAAUCCGAGCACAAAGAACUUGGAAGAAGUGGACGAGGUGGAAAGCAUCAGUCCGGACAGGGAAGACGAUGGUGAAGACAUAUCCAGGGCGAGGUAUUUGUCGGACUGACGCACGCCGCGCUACUAAACUGGUCGGGCACCAGUUGGAAGGAAAGAGAAAUAAGAAAAUGGUAGAUAAGAGUUUGGAAUAGGAAUGAGAGUUUCAGGAAAGUUAUUGAUGGAAAUUGUGACGCUGUUUGGCAACAAAUUAUGAAGUGGCCGAAUACAGAAUGAGAAUGAAGGAACGUAGAUUGUGAAGGUUGUAAAAGAUUGGGAGUUUUUAAGAUGCUGGAACAUCUCACAGAAGUUUAUGAAUAUUUUGAGAAGGUUAGAAAGCUGACGAUGAUUUUAGAAGUAGACAUUGCCGCUAGACUUGAUAGUCAUGAUGUAGAAGAAUAGAUGACUUCUAGAAUCGGACUGAAUAUGAGCAUGAUAAAAGUGUUGAAAACAAAAAUUAUGGACAUUGUUGAGAAUUGUGAAGGUUUUUGUGGAUAAAAUUGCUUUUGGAUUGAUAUGAAAUAGCACAAAUGCCGCCCGGCGUGCGAGCCAAAGUUGGAGCAAGUAUCUACUUCUAUAAUAACAAACUCCAAGAUGUGACAAAUACAAAACGGAAAAGAACAAAGUUUAAGUAUGGACGUCUCAUGUGAAUAUAUUGAUUGAAGAAAAUUUAAAUAACACGUGAAUUGCAGUAAUGCGACACAGACUCAGUGAAAAUAAUGUAUGUAAGAAGUAACUAAAUGUGAUUAUUCAUUGAAUUUGUAGAUAACAAGUCAAUAAAAGCCGUCGGCGAAUUACAUUUGUUUUACAAAUUGUUUAGAAGGUAUGUGAUGUUUAAUUUAAUCAAGGUUGUACAGACAUAGUCCAAAUUGUUUUUAAAGAUGUAUGCAUUUCUGUAAUUUUAUCAAUAGUUUUUUGAGAUGUGACAAAAAAAGUAGAGUAAAAAAAACUUUGAUAUGUUACGUGUAUGACAAAAUUAUUACAAGCAUAACAAGAAAUCAAGAUUGGGGAUGAGUCAAAUAUUUUGUUAUUCAGAAUUUUAUUAAUAUGUAUAUUUAUGAAUGACAGAAAAUGUAAAAAAACUGUGUCACCUCCAAUGAAUGUUACAAAAAUUGUAGAUUACCUAUAUCUUUGUAACUGAUAAGUGAACACAAACUGUAGACGAGUUAACUAUUUGUGAUUGUUAAAUUAAGAUGAUUUUAAUUAAUAAUUGUUUAGGGACAUAGAACUGAAAAUAUACGAGUAAGAGACUGACGGAUGUUAAUGUGUGGGUGCCAAUUGUCAUGUUAGUUCGGAAUAGAACCUUAAAACAACGAAAUGACAUGAAGUAGAUAAAAUUCUGAUCACUGCUUAAAUUAAAACUAACGCUGUAAACGAAGUCGCUUUUAAUUAAAUAAACUAGAAUAUAAUUAAGUAACCCCUCACUAGAAAGUUGUUCAAUUUUCUGAUCAGUAAAUUACAUAUCAAAUGUGUCUGUUCUGAUUUGUUCAAUUUAAUGAACAAUUGAUAAUUAUGAAGAUUUGACAGUUUCACUGAUCAGAGAAUUGAACGAGUUUUUAGAAUUGAAGGAAAGUCAUGAAGAGAAAUAACUGAAUGGAUAUUAUUAUGUAUGUAUAUUUUUAUAACUAAAAAAUGUGCGCAAAGCGUACUUAUAUGUCGAGUGUUACAUUUCAACCAGGUUUAUGGUAAAACAAAAAUCAAGGGCAAAUUGACGUCUUAUUGCAUUCGAAUAAGGAUGAUAAUUUGACGAGAAUAAAUCUUGCUCUUGACUGUACGUAAUUAGGGUUGUUUACAUUGAUUUAAAUGUGGGAAUAUUGUAAUGUGUCUAAAAUUGGUGUAAUUGAUCCUAAUUGUAGUCGAUGUUGUAAAGCGAUGUUUUACUGCAAUGCAGACUUACAAUGCAUGUUAUGUAUAUUUAUGACGUUUAUUUUUCAAUCACCUGUGAUGGCUGGUAAUCAGGAUUAAAAUAAAGAUGUAUAAAUUAUUACACAGUGAGAAAGACAAUGACAUUUAGAGAGAUAGCAACUUGACCUAUCGACAAGAAGGUCUUUCUUUAUUAUAGCGAUUAAGUUUUAACGCAUUUUUUAUCGCUGCUGUUUGAAUAAAAACACAUUUAUUUACGGCCAGUAUCAAAAUCUAGAAAAAAAGUUUUAAAACUUCUUGGUAACUCAAAAUCAAAUCCAGUCUCUAAUGUCGUUGUGUAACAACCUUUCUGGGUAUUUUAAAGUAAAAAUUAAUAUGCACAGCUUCCGGAGUGUCUGUACACAGAGCCUUAUCUCGUAAUUUAUUCGUAGUGUUAAAUAUUUAUGACGUAAUGUAAAUAAGAAAUAAUAUUGUACUUAACGUAGAGAUCGGGUGGUGUUUCUUAUUUUCUACCUUCAAAAGUCCCUGCCUGUUUUAGUAAAACUGCUGGAAAGACAAAUAAUGACUAUAUCAGUGACUUAACUAUAGGACAUUUUAAACUUUUUCAAAUACUAUGAUGUGAUUGUAAAUAGGAAUCCUGUAAGUCACCUCUUGCUCACUCGUUAUACUGUGAGAGUGAGAGAUGUCUAUUGAGAUUCGCUGUUUUCAAACGCAUUCUUUAGAAGAUUUCAAAUCUCAGACAUAUCAAAAACGUGGUCAACCGUGUUACGAAAAAGUGGGAUUAAGACGUUUGCAACUCACGAAAUGGUUAGCGACAAAACUUUGAAAGUGUAUUCAAAUAAAGAUGGAUAGGAUACAUAUGAGUUUUCAGCAUAAAAAGCAUAUCCAUGCUGCGACCGCCACACAUCCUAUUGUGUGGACACAUCUUUAUAAUGUUUGACUACAUAUGUACUUUUCAAAGGUCCUUUUCAUGUCUACCCUUCUUGUGAUGAUUUAUAAUGAGCUCAUUUUAAACUCCUGAACACACCACCAGCUCUCUGUAGCUUGUUGUAGCAAGCUAGUUGAAGCAUUUGUAGACUUAAAUUGUCAGUAGGUGGUUUAGAUAAAUAAGUGAUCUAUUAUUAGUUUCUCUGUAAGCUGAAUGUGGAAUCUUUGACUUCAUAAUUAUGUUUUGUAAUGCUCCUGCCACACAUAAGAAUAGAUUUGCAAUUAAUCUUUAAACAGAUGGGUCUGGUACUCUGAUUGCAUAUUAUAGAUAGGCCUACAUGCCGCGGCAGCCUAGCACUUUGGUUAUCUAUGUAUCCAGUAUGUGUGGCAGAAGCAUACACAUUUGGUGUUAUGUACAAGUGAUAUUACAGAAUUGUCCGAUUGUCAACAUAGCCAAAAGACUAUAUAGGAUGCAAGGGGCAGGUUGGCAAACAACUGAACAGUGAAUGAGAAAAAUAUUUUCUAGAAAAAUUGCGAAAAAACAAUGUGUUAAUCACUGGUUCAUGGAAAAUAUUAAUAAUCACUGUUUAAGUAAGGUUUUGCCAACCCGACGCUUCCUUCCUGUAGAUGUGAUAGUUAAUAUUAAAUAUUGUGUAGUUGUUUUUGGAUACUUAAAUCUAUUUGUAAUUCCAUCAAGUACUUAGAAACAUUACAUGGUUCUUACCUGUAAUAUGACAUUCUGUACUUCACUUCUAGCAUUUAACAUUAGAUCAAUGUAACUAUGUAUUGUAAAUAGAGAAGUUUAUUUUUUGUUAUCAUUUGUACUUCAUGUUUAUUUUGUGUUGAGACAGACAUGAUUUUUCCGUUACUCUAAUUAUAAAUAAAGAUUUUUUUUCUCAUAAAUCU